GCCGGGUUGAACUGUUCCGUUGGCUUGAGAAUGGGUCGAUACAUCAAUUGAUGAGAUUUCUAGAUCAAUAAAAGCAACAACAUGGUCACUUUUCCUUAUUGAUCACAAGCUCCAAGUUCCUACACUCACUCAACUCACCCACUCACUGAGCCCGACAAUCAGCCAGCUUUCAUCCCUCAAAAUGAAGGCCCCAAAAACACCUGAAUACGAAUUCGGUGGCCCUAUCGGCGCCACAGGCAUCGUCUUUGGUCUCCCAAUUCUCAUGCAACUUCUCUAUCUCGGCUGCAACGAUGUUUCAGGAUGUCCUGCCCCCGCUCUCCUUGAGCCAAGGACAUUGACAUGGCAAAAGUUCAAGGAACAAACGCCCUGGCCUAAAGAAGGCAUCUGGGGAUUCAUGAGCUGGGAGGUCACGGGUUGGCUUUUUGCUUAUUACUUUUUGAGUCUUGUGCUUUAUCGCGCUUUGCCUGCUCGGGAGGUUUAUGGGACGAAAUUGAGGGAGUCGGGUAAGGCUCUGAAGUAUCGCUUUAAUUCCUUUUCUUCCAGUGUUGUGCAAUUGGUCGCUUGCGCUGUUGGAACUUACAUCUACGGAGCCGAAUUUCCAGUCUGGACCUUCAUGACCGACAACUACCUCCAACUUCUCACUACAAGCACCGUCCUUACAUUCAUCGUCUCACUCUACGUUUACAUCAGCAGUUUCUCCGUCAAGAAGGGUAAUGAUGAGCUGCGCGAGCUGGCUAGAGGUGGACAUACCGGACGCAUUAUCUACGACUUCUUCAUCGGCCGCGAGCUCAACCCUCGCGUCACCUUUCCCAUUUUCGGCGAGAUCGACAUCAAGUCUUGGUUGGAGAUGCGGACUGCUCUUACAGGCUGGACCUUGUUCAACUGCGCCUUUAUUGCCCAGCAGUAUCGAAACUACGGUUAUGUUUCUGACAGUAUCUUGGUCAUCGCUUCGGUGCAAGCUUACUACGUUCUUGAGGGCCAGUACUCAGAACUUGGACUCUUGGGCAUGAUGGACAUCACCCAAGAUGGCCUCGGAUUCAUGCUUACCUGGGGUAACAUGGUCUGGGUACCUUUCCUUUACUCAACUCAGUGCCGUUACCUCUCUGUAUAUCCCGUUCAUCUGGGACCUAUUGGUGUUUCCGCUAUCGCCACUGUCUUUGCCAUCGGACUGUACAUCUUCCGAUCCUCCAACAACCAAAAGGCUCUCUUCCGCAAAGACCCAAAUCACCCUGCCUUUGCAAACAUGACCUUCAUCCAGACCAAGAGAGGAACCAAGCUUCUAACCGGCGGAUGGUGGGGAAUGGCUCGUCACAUCAACUACUUUGGCGACUGGCUUCAGUCUCUUCCCUUUUCGCUGCCUACCAAGUUCGCUGGUUAUGUGAUACUGCCAGCUGGAAGUGCUGUAGCUGGAAACGAGGUCGUCAAGAUGCUCGAUGGUCGCUUGGUGACUCCGGAUGGCGCUGCGCCUUGGGGUAUGCUGUUUACGUACUUUUACUCGGCUUGGUUUGGAUUCUUGCUUAUUCAUCGGGAAAGGAGAGAUGAUGCAGCUUGCACUGAGAAGUAUGGCAAGGAUUGGGAUGAGUAUAAAAACAAGGUUAGGUACAGGAUCUUACCUGGUGUGUAUUAAAGUCUAUAACCAUACCGGCAACAAGGCGGGACAAGUUCAAAUAGCUACAUCAAUAUGAAAUCUCUGAAGUGUCUGGU